GCGAAGAUUGAACAACUUGGAGUUGAAACAUAAGAUAGUUUGAGACAGACAGAACCAGAACUAUAUCAUCUACAAGGUUCCGGUGACCAUGUUUAAGCAUUUCCUAAGUUCAUUAUACUAGAUUUCCUUUGUCUUACAUUUCCCAUGACCACACUUGUGCAACUCUCCAUCAAAUUUUCACACUUGAAGCCCAACUUCUCCUAUGAUGGCAUAUACAAGAGACCCGUUUUCUCUUUCUCUCAGUUUGAAACAAAGUUUUCUUCUUUUCAUCAGAGUAGCUUCAAGCUGAGAGCAUACAGGGAGAGAUGGUCCUACAUGGGAGGUACAGUGUUUAAAAAUGGGGUUUUGUUGGAAGAGAAGGGGUGCAAGAGGGAAAAGAGAGUGGCUUUGGUGAAGAAUAAUCAGGGGUUUGGCUUCAACGGUGGUGGUGGUGAUGGAAGAGAUGAUGGUGCUACUGCUAGGAUUUUGGGAAAUCUUGCUUUAGCUAUUGGGUUAACAUAUCUUUCAGUGACUGGACAGCUUGGCUGGAUUUUGGAUGCUAUUGUAUCCAUUUGGAUUUUUGCAGUGUUAAUACCGAUAGUGGGUCUUGGUGCUUUCCUCUGGUGGGCAGGACGAGAUAUAAUGCAAGGCACUUGUCCGAAUUGUGGAAAUGAUUUUCAGGUUUUCAAAUCCUCUCUAAAUGAUGAUUUGCAGCUGUGCCCGUUCUGCGGUCAACCUUUUUCUGUUGUUGGGAAUGAGUUUGUUAAGGACUCUGUCAAGUUUUCAAACCAAUCUACAACAUUUGGACAAGCAUUCAAUAAUUUCACCCGUUCUAAAAAUGAAAAAGAUUCUGGUAGAGCAAUUGAUGUUGAAGCUGAAAUUAAAGAUGCAGACUGAGUCCCUAUAGCUAUAACAUGUUGGAUGAAUACUCUUAAGACAUAUCUUAUUCAAUCAAAAACAGGCUGCGGCUUGCAUUUGGCUUUGUACUGAAGACACAAUGAAUGAAAUGCAUUCUAGAGAGAGGAGUGUGGUGAGCAGAGUAACACAUUCUUGAGAGGAGAAUGGUGAGGAGAGUAACAUUGCAAUUGUAAUAUAAGUUUUUGACUGUGAUGUUUCUCAUGUCACGCCUCUAGUAUUUUGGUUUAAACCAAAAUACUGCUUCAUUUUUCAUUUUUUAGGUACAAAAAAGGUUAUGGGGAAUAAAGGUUACUUCAUUUCAAUGUUAGGGAAAGCCUUGACAACUCUUUCA